AUGGUGUCGUUUUCCUGCUAUCGGUUCUUCCGCGGGCUGCGCUCGAUGUGCGCGCCGAUAAUGACCGUCGUCGGGUUCUCUCUCAUGCUCACUUAUGUCUUCAUUCUCUAUCAACCAUCGCGCGGACCUGGCAUUGUCCAACGUAUGGGGUGGCAGUCCUGGGAGGUUAUUACCAUGCCCGAACCGACGAGCCAACGCCCGACUCCUCCGACCAGCGGGACAGAGGUGCCAGAGACGGGAGUGGACUGGUGGAAUGUGACGCAGCCGCAGGACAAAGUGGAUGCUUCAAGUUUUCCACUGGAUGUGUGGUCUCCUCUGCUACCCCAUGACACAGGAUUCUCUGAGGUUGCGGUGACACACUGCUUCCUCGACCCAGACGUCGGUGGGGACCUAUGUGCGCCCCAUUCUACGAGCGAACAAGACUCGAUCAGAGGGAAAUGGGUUCGAAUCCCUCGAAAUCUGAACCUGGAAGGCGGCUACAUGGCGGGAUGGGUGAAUAUCUAUUACCGUCGAACAAGAAGACAAGAUAUUGACCUUGUAACUGAUAUUAAACUCUUCGGUGCGAAUGAAGGCCCAGAGUCGUUGGAAGGAUGGCACAAGGCAGAAACCUCGCUCAGAGCUGGAAUCAGGGGCCUUUCUCCGCUUUUCCUGUGGUACAAGACUGGGAAAAACGCGGGAGAUAUGACUCCUGAAGAAAAGGCGAAUAUCAUCACCGAGCUGGACAUCUUGUAUGGCGAGGACAUUCCUUGGUAUGGCUUCGAGAAGAUUGAACCUCCAACAAUUGCUCAAGGCAAGAAGGUAGAGGCUACUUGGAUAACUUAUAGGAGAGGCGUUAAGGUACCACCACGCGCUCCACCUUUGCAUUUCUCGCACUCCGGAAAGUUCAAAGUCCUGCAAGUCGCAGAUCUCCACUACUCGAUUGCACAAGGCUUUUGUCGGGACACCCUUCUGAAACCAUGCGAACAUUCCGACAAUCUCACCAAUACCAUGAUUUCUCACGUCAUCGACGAAGAAAAACCUGACCUUAUAGUCUUUACUGGUGACCAGCUCAAUGGUCAAGGCACAUCAUGGGAUCCCAGGUCAGUGCUGGCGAAGUUCGCGCGUGCUGUGACGGACAAGGGUAUACCUUGGGCGGCGGUGUUUGGAAAUCACGACGAGGAUGAUGGAAUGCGUAAAGAGCAGCAGGUUGCUUUGAUGAAAGGGCUACCGUAUAGUCUGGUCGAGACCGGGCCUAAGGAUGUGCAUGGCGUUGGAAAUUAUCUCCUGAAGGUCCACAGUCCCGAUGCGUCAAAGACUCAUAUCCUAACUCUCUAUUUCUUGGACUCCGGCUCGUACUCGAAAGGCUUCUUCGAUUGGUUCGGCUUCUUCACGCCCACCGAAUACGACUGGAUCAGACAAAGUCAAAUCGAUUGGUUCUUGCAAGAAUCCGCUACAAUAAAGCCCAUCGAACGGCCUUUCAGACCAGACACAGGAAAGGACAUGGGCUCCAUCUGGAACCGCCAGUCAGACCAAGUCAUACCCUUCACGAAGAAGCUGGCCAAACCCAACGCCCUCAUGUUCUUCCACAUACCUCUGCCUGAGUCCUACGCGAAGCCAGACAUCAACCCGCAGACGGGCAAAGCUCUCGAUGUUGGAAUAAGGGGGCAGGAGCCUGCUGGCAAUGCGAAGAAGAGCGACAACUUCUUUGAGAAAGGUCUCCUGACGGCGCUGGAGAGUGAACACGUUGCGAAAGGGAACGCGCCUGAGGUUAAAGUGAUUGGGAAUGGGCAUUGCCAUGUGACCGAGAACUGUCGCCGUGUAAAGGGUGUCUGGUUGUGUUUCGGUGGCGGAGGAUCCUACUCGGGCUAUGGGAAAGUUGGAUUUGACCGCCGAUUCCGAAUCUACGAUAUCUCAGACUUUGGAGAGACGAUAAGAACAUACAAACGCACAGAGAAAGAUGAGAUCGUGGAUGAUAUGAUCCUGGCGGGGAGAGGUGCACCGCCUUUCUCAUAG